AUGGCUACUACCAUUAAUAGGAUGACUGAUAUCCUAAAACGAUUAGCUGAGAGACAGGGACCAGGGCCACUUAACCAACCUGGGGGCCAGGAUAGAGGGGAAGAUAGAGUCUUGGAGAGGUUCCUUAAAUUUAACCCGCCUAAGUUCACUGGUGAACCUGAUCUUGAGGUAGCGGAGAAUUGGCUAGAAAGAAUGACUAACAUUUUCGCCGCCCUAGAUUAUGCGGAGGAGAGGCAAGUGACUUUUGCUGUCUUUCAGUUUAAGGGUGCAGCACGUGCUUGGUGGGAUAUGAUAAGGGAAAAAUGGGAAAGAGCACAAACCCCUUGGAUCUGGGAAAAUCUUUUAGGAGAGUUUAAUGAGAAGUUUCUCCCACCCUUGGUUCAAGAGAAACGGGAGGACGAAUUCAUAAAAGUAAAGUAG